CUUGGUUAACGUUUGACCAGAAAGGGAAGGGGCUGCUCCGAUCACUCUGAGGUCUGAGGAGUGACUCGCUCAAUCUCUCCGGCAAGCUGUGAUCAUGACACCCAUGAUACAUCUGUUGCUGGUCCCACUCCUGUUCAGCAUUGCUGGAGGGAAGGAUCUAGAGGAAAAGAAGGGCCCGUUGGAGAACACAGAGCUGGAUGUGCCAGAGGGGACACCGGUGCCAUAUGCCAUCUAUCAGUUUCAGGUGACCCAUCCGGAAGUUAAUAGUUUCAGGUUGAGUGGAGAAGGUCAGGCAGACAUUAAGAUUUCAAAGGACGGUUGGCUGUACCUGGAGUUGCCCCUGGACUGGGCUCGAGAAGACCAUUACAUCAUCUUGGUUGAGGCGCUGGCAGACGAUGAAGUUGUGGAAGGCCCAGUUCAUGUGACAAUAAAUGUGUUGGACGUCAACAACAACGCUCCAUUCUUCAACCAGAGCGUCUACACCGCUGUUGUCAGAGAAAACAAUCCAGCGGGUAUCCCAUUUACUCGCGUCUUUGCGUUGGAUCAGGACGACCCAGAGACUCCCAACGCUCAUCUGAGCUACAGCCUGGUCAGCCAGAUCCCCAACCACCAGCACAUCGCCCUGUUUCAGAUCGACCCCAACACUGGAGAGAUCUCCACCACAGAAGCAGGGACACAGAUGCUUAAAGCCAGAGAAGGCAUCCGGUACGCCAGAGGAGAAGAUCAAAGCCUUGAUGCUCUGAGGAUAAAGUUUAACGAUUACUGUCCAGUGCAGAACAUCCCCUUUGAAGAAAACCCCUUCUUCACCUGUGUGGAGCGAGCAGAAAAGAGGAGGAGGAAUAUGGACCCCCUGGAUGACCCAGACUACACCCUCAUUGUGCGCGUUCAGGACCUGGGAGGAGCUUCGCAGGCCGCGCUGAGUGGAAACACCAGAGUGCACAUUGUCGUGCAGCAAAACCUGUGGGUCAAUCCUGGACCUGUAACAGUCAGAGAGCACUUAAAGGAAACGUACCCUCUGGUCAUCGCAAAGGUCCAGUCCAAUGAGCCCAACGCCGUGUACUCGUUGGUGCAGAAAGAACGAGAGCUGAAGUUCCCCUUCCAGAUCACAGAAGAUGGAGAAAUACAUCUGACAGAGGAGCUGGACAGAGAAGAGAAAGACAUGUACGUCCUCGUGGUGUUUGCAGUAGAUCACGAGGACAAACAGGUGGAUCCACCCAUGGAGAUCCAAGUCUUGGUGGAGGACGUGAACGACAACGCCCCAGUGUGUGCAGAUGAGGAGAGUGUUUUUGAGGUGCAGGAACACGAGCCUGUAGGCAGCCUAAUCGGACAACUGUUGGCCCAUGAUGACGAUCAAGUCGGGACACUGAACUCUCAGCUGACUUUCACCAUCGUGUCCCAAAAUCCGCUCACCUCACCCGACGCCUUCGCCAUCGACGCUGCUUCUGGAAGAAUCCAGGCCCUGCGCGUGUUGCAGCGAAGAGACCACCAGGCGUACGACCUCAACGUCAGAGUCACCGACCUAGUUUUCAGCACAGAAUGUAAGGUCGUCGUCAAGGUCAUCGACGUCAACAACGAGAUGCCUCUGUUCGAGAAGAAGGAUUACGACAGUCCCCCUCUGGCAGAGGACACUCCCGUGGGACACACGGUGCUGAGCGUCAGAGCCACGGACGCUGAUGACCCAGACAGCGGCAGCUCCCUGAUCAACUUCCACAUCUCUGCCGGCGACGACGAGGGAAUUUUUGCUGUGGAGAGCGACGGCAACGGCGUCGGCCAUCUGGUCGUAGUUAAGCCUCUAGACUUCGAGUCCUCUGCAACCUACAAGAUCCAGAUUGAUGCUCGUAACCCAGAGCCGCUGAUGACGGGUCUGGAGUACGGCGGCGAGUCCACGGCCUUCGUCUCUGUGUCUCUCACAGACGUAGACGAGGCUCCAGAGUUCAGUCUGGACAUCCUGGAUGUGACUGUGCCUGAAAACACCACCAAGGGCUCAGUGCUGCUCACUGUGGAGGCGAAGGACCCCGAGGGCAAAGAGAUCAGUUUUAGGAUGGACGGUGACACUCGCGGCUGGCUGCAGAUCGAUGCUGCCACAGGAGAGAUCAGGACCAGAGACAAGUUGGACAGAGAGACCAUUGAGUCUUUUGAAGUCACCGUCACUGCGUUUGAGAAGGAGAACCCGUCGCAGCUGUCUGAGCGAGUCGUUUCUGUGAGGCUGCUGGAUGUGAACGACAACUUCCCCAUACUGAUGGAGACCCAGGCCUUCAUCUGUGUGAAGAAACCUGAACCGAUCACCCUCAAGGCCCAAGACUCGGACAGCGCACCCUUCUCCGGGCCCUUCACCUUCGCUUUCGCUCAUGGAAAGAAAUCUCCCAACUGGGAACUGAAAAGCGUUGACGGUACAACAGCUACACUGACCCUGAAGAAAACACCAUCAGAAGAUAAAACCUUCACAAUCCCCAUUAAUAUUAAAGACAAUGCCGGCAUGGGAGUCACACAGUCGUUUGAGGUGAGAGUCUGUAGCUGCACAGAGCUCGGCUACUGCUACAUGGCACCCGUUGAGCGUAGCCUCGGUUAUGGGAUAGGAGCCACCGUCGGUAUCCUGGGUGGCACUCUGGGAUUCUGCCUUAUUGUUUUCUUCAUAGUGAUCAGAAAAAAAAAGGAGGAGAAGAAGACGAACCAGACUGAAGAAGAAGAGAGGAACGCAAUUAUGUAGACAAACACACACGCACACACACACACACACACACCGGACACACACUCACACAAACACAAACACACACACACACAUACACACAGACACUCAUAUUUGUACUUUUAUACUUGUGAGGACUUUAUCUGUCACGCCAUGUCAUGCCAAACCUGAAUUAUUGUUUUUAUUGUCUAGCUCAUUUACAGUCUUUUGUUUUUGCCUUGACAAAUAAAGAAUAACACUAAGUUAAUUCAUAAAUAAUUCUUAACUGGAAAAACAGCAGAAGUGAGGACUGGAUUUUCCAAGUUUUCCCACUCUCAGGAUCUAAAAGUUUAAUGCGUUCUCACAUAGCUAGAUGUGCACACACACAUUUUCAGAACACUAUUUGAUGUACAAGAGAGAGUUGCUAAAUCAGUGGUGUGCACGCGUAAUUAUUGCCAGGUGUCCCCAUGCUAAUCGUGCAUAUAUAUAUAUAUUUAUAAAUUGUUAUAUAUAUAUAUAAUGUAAAAGCUUGUUAACGUAUUAUAUUUGAAGUUUUCUCCCAGACUCAAGCUGCUUCAUUAGCAGUUUAAUCAUCUCACAGAAUUGAAUUCGUUUUUGGCCCAGAGCUUUUGUGUUGAAAUUGUCUUCUGCAUGAAUGUUGUGUUAGAGCUGAAAUAUCUUUAACUUUAAGAAACAUCCUAAACCCAGAACGUCACCGUAUGUAAUUAACAAUAACUGUUGAGUAAGGAGCACGCACUGCUGUUUUACAAUAAACAAAGAAACUGGGAAACAC